AUGUUAGAAAGGCAGGAGGUGUUGUUAGAGAGACAGGAAGUGUCGUUAGAAAGGCAGGAGGUGCCGUUAGAAAGGCAGGAGGUGAUGUUAGAAAGGCAGGAGGUGUUGUUAGAGAGUCAGGAAGUGUCGUUAGAAAGGCAGGAGGUGUCGUUAGAAAGGCAGGAGGUGCCGUUAGAAAGGCGGGAGGUGUUGUUAGAAAGGCAGGAGAUGCCGUUAGAAAGGCAGGAGGUGCCGUUAGAAAGGCAGGAGGUGAUGUUAGAAAGGCAGGAGGUGUUGUUAGAGAGUCAGGAAGUGUCGUUAGAAAGGCAGGAGGUGUCGUUAGAAAGGCAGGAGGUGCCGUUAGAAAGGCGGGAGGUGUUGUUAGAAAGGCAGGAGAUGCCGUUAGAAAGGCAGGAGGUGCCGUUAGAAAGGCAGGAGGUGCCGUUAGAAAGGCAGGAGGUGCCGUUAGAAAGGCAGGAGGUGCCAUUAGAAAGGCAGGAGAUGCCGUUAGAAAGGCAGGAGAUGCCGUUAGAAAGGCUGGAGAUGUCGUUAGAAAGGCAGGAGAUGUCGUUAGAAAGGCAGACGAUGUUGUUAGAGAGACAGGAUGUGAUGUUAGAAAGGCAGGAGAUGCCGUUAGAAAGGCUGGAGGUGCCGUUAGAAAGGCAGGAGAUGUCGUUAGAAAGGCAGGAGUUGCCGUUAGAAAGGCAGGAGGUGCUGUUAGAAAGGCAGACGAUGUUGUUAAAGAGACAGGAUGUGAUGUUAGAAAGGCAGGAGAUGCCGUUAGAAAGGCAGGAGAUGUCGUUAGAAAGGCUGGAGGUGCCGUUAGAAAGGCAGGAGGUGUUGUUAGAAAGGCAGACGAUGUUGUUAGAGAGACAGGAUGUGAUGUUAGAAAGGCAGGAGAUGUCGUUAGAAAGGCAGGAGAUAUCGUUAGAAAGGCAGGAGGUGCCGUUAGAAAGGCAGGAGAUGUCGUUAGAAAGGUAG